UAGAAAACCGGAAAAGGACGCCCAGGUCUCCCCUCUUCCGAAGUACCGAGGGAAAGGAAAAUAAUAAGAAUUUCAGCGUGAAAAUGGGGGUAAUUGAGAAGCUCAAGAUGUUCGUGGUUCAGGAGCCAGUUGUGGUCGCUUCUUGCCUCAUUGCUGGAGUUGGACUCUUUCUUCCAGCUGUGGUGCGGCCCAUCCUAGACUCCAUGGAGACAUCAAAGCAAGUUCCACAACCUGCUCUAAGUGAUGUUGUUGCAGGCAUGACAGGCAAAAAACAAUAGAGGGAUUGAUCUCUUAGGAUGUGUCAAUUCAUUGGUGUGACUGGUUGUGGUUCAACAUUUGUGUAACUCUGGUUAUUGCUGGCAAUAUCUCUAUGGUAUUCUAGUGUAUGGUUGCUGGCCAAGUUCCAAAAACAAAGAGAAUCUUAGUUUGAUUGGCUUAAGAACUUUCGAAACACAAGUUUUUUUGUUUGCAUCUGACUCAGCUAGACAGUUCCCCUCUCGUUAUUCAAUUGAGGGAAGGCGAUUAAUAAAUUAGAAACUUUGGGCCCGAUUUUGGCCAGCAUGUGCUCUCAAA